AUGGGGCUGCUGGACAAACUGUCAGGCUGGCUCGGCCUGAGGAAGAAAGAGGUCAACGUUUUGUGUUUGGGACUGGACAACAGCGGCAAAACUACCAUCAUCAACCAACUCAAACCGGCUAAUACACAGGCACAAGACAUAGUCCCAACAAUUGGCUUCAACAUUGAAAAGUUCAAGAGUUCAAGCCUGUCUUUUACAGUCUUUGAUAUGUCUGGGCAGACCAGAUAUAGGAACCUAUGGGAACAUUACUACAAAGAAAGCCAUGCCAUCAUAUUUGUCAUUGACAGCAGUGACAAACUGAGAAUGGUUGUUGCCAAAGAGGAGCUAGAUACUCUUCUCAAUCACGAAGAUAUCCAAAGCAAAAAGAUACCAGUACUGUUCUUUGCUAACAAGAUGGAUCUGCGGGACGCCAUGUCUUCUGUCAAGGUCUCACAGAUGUUGUGUUUGGAGAACAUCAAAGACAAGCCCUGGCACAUCUGUGCCAGCAAUGCUAUCAAAGGAGAGGGCCUACAGGAAGGGUUGGACUGGCUACAAGAACAAAUUGCACAAUCACAUCAAAACAAUGAACACAUGAAUGACUGAAAUGCCUCGGACACUGGACGCGAUGUGGUAACUGGACCUCAUUCACCAUUUGGAGAAUUUGUCACACUUGAUGUUGUAGGCCUUAAAUGUCAAUGUCAAAUAAC